CAUUUCCCAAAAUUUGAUUGAAUGUCGUUCUAUUCGUUAUUGUUCAGCUUGAAUAUUAGUGGAGUUUUCUCCUAAAACCAAAUCGUUACUUUAACACCUCGACACAUGUUUCGAUCACCAAGUGAUCAUCUUCCUAUUGUUGGAAUAGAACUCCUGUGCAAGAAUUAUCUUGAAACUCGAUAUAUCGGAGCAAAUAUCACAAAACUGACAGUUUGACGAAAUGUUUUCAAGAAUCAAUCUUGCACAUACAAUUGACAGAAACUGUUCCCGUCAAUAUGUCAGGGUAUCUACAUAAUGUGAAUUAGUAUGAGCGCAAACGAACGGGAGGGCUAAAAAAUUUCCGUUAUGCAGUCUGCAAGUCUGAACCAACAACCCACGAAUUCCUCUCCUGAGAUUCCGAACAAAUCCGAAGUUCGUAUCGAGGAUGCCAUCGAAGAAGACGAUAAUCGUAAAAGAAUACAAGAUGAACAAUGCGACAGUAUUUUUCUGUUAUUUAAAAACACACGCUCAUUCAGAUGCUUGGCUCAAGUUCUUUUAUCUAGCAGUUCUUUGAUGAAAAACAGGCUUUAUCUUUUUCCACCACUAGAGGAUCCAGGAAUUGAAGAAGCUUACAAUUAUAAAGAACCUAAUCCAAAAGUUGAUGAUACCGGCCUUGAAAAAUACGUUAAUAUGUGCAAAGACCUCCAGAUUGUUCCUAUAAGAAGGAUAAUAACGUCUCUAGAGGGGCCAACAUUGAAUUUAAAGUUUUAUGGUCUAACAGCUAAGCAGAUGCGAGCUCUAACGGAAUGUUUGAAAGUCAACAGUUAUAUCGAAACUCUUAUACUACAAGAUAACUGGUUAGAUCCAUACAUGACUGGUUUGGUUACAAGUAUGCUGGAAGAAAAUAGUGUUUUGCGUGUUCUCAAUUUAAGGGAGUGCAGGAUAGGAGAGAAGGGAGCUGAGAAACUGAACGAAGCUUUAUCGGGAUCCCAAUUUUUAAUCGAACUAGAUUUGAGUUUUAAUGAUCUGGGAGAUGUCGGAUUGCAAUACUUGGAAAAAGGAUUGUGCGAGACCCCAUCGUUACGGAUAUUGAACAUAAGUCACAACAAUUUAACUGAAGACUCUGCAGAAACCCUCGAAACGGUCUUGUUAGAAAAUAAAACUAUAACUGAAAUAGAUUUGUCGUGGAAUGGAUUUUUCACUGGGCCAGGCAACAAAAAACUGUUCAAUGGUUUCAUUCAAAGUGACAGAAUCAAAGUAUUGAGUUUAGCAUGGAAUGGGAUCGGUACAAAACUUGCUGUAGUUCCGUUAGUCAAAUAUAUCAAGCAGUCGACGACUUUGCAACAUAUAGACCUGAGCAGUAACCGAUUAGCCGAAGUACCUUUAAGAAUGGUCAGAGCCGGCAUUUUGAAAAAUCACUCGCUAAUAAGUGUGCGCAUAGGAAGCAAUCCCUAUCAACCUGAUCAAGCUCACUGGAUGGCUUCUGUGAUGAUAGCAAAGGCGAAAGAUCCUCUGAAGUAUUUGGAUAUGGAGAACAUUUAUUUCACCAAAGAAAUUUUGCCGCUUCUAACAAGAACUCAAAGAAUGGGAAAAAUUAUCAAGGUUGGCGGAAUACUAGGAAAUUAUGAAAUAAAAGGUCCAAAUGUGAAUAAACUUCUGUUUGAACGAUGCAGAUACCUUCUGAUGAAACCAAAGAGCAAAAAAGCUCAAAAAGACUUUGGUCAUUUCAUUCUAACCCUACCUGAAAACCCGAUACCUCGUCAAGACUUUGAUAAUCUUCUGAAGAAAAAAAAGAUCAAGCGACUGGACAAGGACUUGAUCGACGAACUGACGAAUAUGUUCACCGUAAAGAAGAAGAUUGACUGCAACGAGAUGACCAAAGCCUACAUGAAACUAUACCCUGAAACGACGUUACCCGUUGUCCAGAAAAAAUCUAAGAAGAAAAAAGGAAAGAAGAAAUCUAAAACGAAGGUGGUCGAAGUAGAGGAAGAAAUAGGAGUCGUCGAUUUAGAGAACGCCCCUGAAAAAACUGUAGAUAAAAGUCCUUCAGGUAUUAACGAAGCAAGUCAGUUACAGUUGAACAAGGAAAGUCAGCCGAAAUUGGUAUUGGAGCGUAAGUCAUUAUUGAGGAAAGAGUCAUCUAAAUUACCUGUUCAAAAAAGCAUCAAAUUUGAAUAAAUUUUAUAAAACAUAAA